AUGAGCGGGACAAAUUCGCCAAGUAACGGCCAUGCAGUGGAUUCUCCAGUGAAGGAGACCUCGCGGAAAAUUCUCUUCAACGUCUGCCGAAAAGAACUGUACCACCCCAACAAGGGUUACAAGCAGCUGGCUCGUCGCUUAAAGCAAGUCGGCACUGUGGAUGUGAACAAGGAGGAUAUAACAUUGGAGCGUCUGUUACCAUAUGACAUUGUUGUUUUUGGUGCUUCUCAAGAUAAGCUCAGUGAGGAAGACCUUUCUGUCAUUCGCGAGUACGUUGAGCGCGGUGGCUCUGUGAUUAUGUUGUUUGGCGAUGGACAUGGCGGUCGUUACUCCUACCUGAAUCAGACACUUGAUGCGUGGACGGGCAUUACGCUUAACGAGGAUUGCGUUGUGCGUACUGUUAUGAACAAAUACCUACACCCCAAAGAGGUGUGUGUCGCAAAUGGAGUGACAAACAGGGCGAUAAACAAGGCAGCUGGAAAAAAUGUUUUGGGGGCUCAUGGGUAUCAAGGUGACCGAGGUGGAUUUAAGACAGGUGGCUCCACCUUCGGUGAUCGUCCUGCUCCUGUUACACUAAAUCGAACCGUUGCCGCCGGGGCCUUGGGCGGCGCAACGUUGAGUGGUGCUGCGGUGGCUAUGCAGCAACAGAUGGCGGAGAAAAAUGCAGCUGAUGGCCCCACCAGCCUUGUAUUUGUGUACCCACACGGCCUUAGCUUUAACGUGAGCCGCCCAGCGGUGCCAAUCCUUAGCAGUGGGUUUAUGGCCUAUCCAUUAAACCGCCCAAUUGCGGCAGUAUGGGAGUGCGACGACGUGGUGGAGCACAACGGUCAACAGAAGCAUGGGAAGCUGCUGCUUAUAGGCAGUGGCCUCAUGAUGGAGGAUGCCUGGCUUGGAAAGGAGGAGAAUGAGCUACUAACGACCGUUCUCUUCGACUACAUGUAUCAUAGGGUAAAACUGAACCAAAUUGAUGCCGAUGAACCAGACAUUGCGGAUUAUAACCAUGUUCCUGACACCGCCUCUCUAUCCGAGCGAUUGCGGGUUGCUGUAGAGCAGCAAGAGGAGCUACCGCGUGAUUUUACCAAGCUCUUUCAAACUGAAACAUUCAAGCUGGACACAGACAUAAUUCCGGACGUUAUUGAGGCCUAUAACAAGCUCAACGUGAAGCAAGAACCUUUAACACUUAUUCCACCGGAGUUUCUGACGCCGCUGCCUCCAGUGAAGCCCGCUGUGUUUGAGCCCACCCAUCGGGAUCCGAUGGCACCCGCAUUAGAUCUCUUUGACCUAGAUGAGGAAUUUGCACCCGAGAAGGUGCGGUUAAGUCAGUUAACGAACAAGUGCAAACCCGAGGAUGUCCAAUUUUACAUUUUGCAGGCCGCAGAGAUUCUUGGUGUCACCAAGAGAUUACGAAGUCCACGUAAUCGUGACCCUCGUGCACUUCUAGACUACGUCUUUCGCCAGGUGGUGCAUUACAAGAAAGUCAAUGCUGGCUAUGCGCAAGCGACAUCCAAUGCAGGGUUGGAUUCCUAUGGAAGUGACGCCAAUGCAGCCGCUGCUGCAGCCGCCGGUAGCAUGAUGCGGGUAAUACGCGUAUCCACUGGCGCAAACGGGAAUAAGGAUACCACACCGUUUGAUGAUAACGUACCUUGGACACUACAACUUCAAGCGGACUUUGGCAGUGGAAACAUUUCGGGGAGACUUAUCUUGCACGAGUCUUCCUUGCGGUUUCCUGCGCAAGAGGCUUCUCUGGAUGGCACAAUAAAGCCACCUGGGGAACGAGAAUACCCCAUGGAGUGGGGUGUGCUGUUGCAGGGGGUGCACGAGGAGCAGAUCUUUUUUGUUUUUCUCGCUAUGUUGCAGGGAAACACGCUACGUGGCAUGUGCGAGGUGGCAGGUGCAAAUAGCAAUACCCGAAACUUUGUGUAUGAGAUUGAAGAGCUUUAG